CAGCGUGUCAUUCAUUCCUGAAUCUUUCCUUCAAGAGAAGAAGAGGAAGAAUUAUACAUAUCCCGCAUUUUGUUGAUUACCUUCACUUCUUGUUAAAUUAUUGUUUAAAAUGGAACCGAUGGCACUAGGUAGUCCAAGCGGUAGCCCUGCAACCAAUCCAUACUUACCAUCAUUUCUAUUGGGCGAGCAACAGACUCCAACAACUCCAAGAAACAACACUCUUUCUCCAAACAAAGCCGGCUCAAGGAAUCUUUCGUUUGGUUUCGCUACCUCGCCCGGUGCAGCUUCACCACAGCAAGAUUAUAACAGAUCAGCUUUGGGACAAAAGACAUUAUUUGGUGGCUAUCAAACGCCCUCGGUUGGUCAAAACACGAAUUUUCCGGGCACCCCAAUUCAAAAUCACAAUUCAAGCAUAUCCGGACCACCAACCCAAGGUCUUUUCGAUUCCCUGCGAAGCGAGCGCAACCAAAUACAAACACCAACGAGAACUUUGCAGACUCAAUCACAGCUUGGGACUCCAAUCAUGGGACAUCCAAAUAAUAGUUUAGCAGCUACUUAUGGUUUGAAUCAAAGCAUCCAGUCACAAUACAAUGAAUCCUACAACAACAACUCCUUUAAUAUGUCAAGAGCCGGUGUAAUGUCGCCGUUACUUCCAGGAACGCCAGGCAACGUUACAACUGGUAUUAAUGCAGCACAACUGCAGUGUCCACAACCUCCACGCUACACUGAAUUUUGGAUAACAGUCUUUGGCUUUCCUUCUAGUGCGACUCCAGUUAUUUUGCAACACUUCGCUCAAUGUGGAACUAUUGUGGAUAAAGUUUUUCCCUCCCAAAAUGGAAAUUGGGUACAUCUAAAAUAUUCGUCCAGACUUGAAUGUGACAAAGCCUUAAAUUACAAUGAAAAAAUCUUAGCCAAUAAUAUAAUGAUAGGUGUUACCCAGUGCAAAGAUAAAGCAAUUAUCGAUAAAGAGAAUAUUUGUGAAACAAACACUCAACCCACUGUACAAAAAGUUCGUCCAUUGGCCCAAACAGCAUACAAAAGUGCUCAAAACGAUACAUCUGUUGUGGCAAAUGCUAAUGCACCGCAAAAAAGCUCUGGCAUAAUGAACAAAGCUAUGGAUCUAUUUUUUGGCUGGUAGUUGAAUUUAUAUAACAGUCUUAGCAUUUAUUCAAAAUUCAUACUAAAUAGUUUGUCAAAAAAUUGUGUAUCUCUUUUAAAUUGUUUCGAAAAAUAUAUAUUGUUUAUAACGACACCAAUACCAUCCUGA